AUGGUGCAGUUGCGGUGGCGGGCGCUCAUGGGAGAGAAUGGCACCCAAAUCGCUCUGUUCCUCCUGCUGGGGCUCACACAGCAGGAAGAGCUCAAGGGCGUCCUCUUUGUGCUGGUCUUACUCAUCUACUCAGUCACCCUCGUGGGCAACCUGGGCAUGAUCACCCUGAUCCACGCAGACCCACAGCUCCACACACCCAUGUACUUCUUUCUGAGUGUCCUCUCCUUCAUAGACUCCUCCUUCUCCACAGUGGACGCCCCCAGGCUUCUGGAGAACCUCCUUACCUCAGGCCAGUCUAUCUCCUUUGUAGGCUGUGCUGUCCAGAUGGCUCUCAUGACUCUUCAUGGUACUGCGGAGUGUCUCCUCCUGGCCAUCAUGGCCUACGACAGAUUCACGGCCAUCUGUCACCCUCUGCUGUACCACAGCAUCAUGUCCCAACGUCUAUGUGUCAGGCUGGUGGCAGCCACCUAUGCUGCUUCCAUUACUUUUGCAGCGGUGCUAACUGGGAACAUCUUCAAGCUGCCCUUCUGUGGCCCCAAUGUCAUUAACCAUUAUUUCUGUGACAUCCCUCCUGUCCUCCAACUUGCCUGUGCAGAUACUACUGAGGUUGAGAUCAUCAUCUUCUCAUCUUCUGCCCUAAUUAUUCUCUUGACCAUCACUGUUAUCCUGGUCUCAUACACCUACAUCCUGAUGACCAUCUUCAAGAUGCACUCCCUAGAGGCCCAGAGCAAAGCCCUCUCCACCUGUGCCUCUCAUCUCACCGCCAUUUCCCUCUACUACGGCACCAUCACUGUCAUAUACACUCAGCCAAGCUCUCGAGAGUCCAUGGAACAGAACAAAGUCGUCUCUGUCUUCUACAUGUUGGUCAUUCCCAUGCUGAACCCUCUGAUCUAUAGCCUGAGGAAUAAGGAUGUCAAGGCUGCUUUCAGGAGGAGAUGCCUCGGCCACCAGUCUCCCUAA